CCGAAACCCUCACUCUCACUCUCUUCCGCAGAAAUGGCGAUGGCCGCAAUAGCCCGAGCCAUUAUUUCCUCCUCCUCUCGUUGCAAUCGUCCUAUCUUUCUCUCCAAACGUCUCUUCUCCUCUCCUUCUUCACUGGGCUUGGGUUCUCCCUUCCUCGGCUUAGCCCGAGCCCGCCUCACGCCCCUCUCCCACGCUGUUCGGGUCAUCUCUCCCCGCUCUUCCCGGCUCAUCCCCGUCCGGUGCCGCGUCCAGCGGUCUGGCGGUGACUCGGCUUACUCGCCUCUCAACUCGGGUUCGAACUUCAGCGAUCGUCCUCCGACGGAGAUGGCGCCGCUCUUCCCGGGCUGCGACUACGAGCAUUGGCUCAUCGUCAUGGACAAGCCUGGCGGCGAGGGGGCCACCAAGCAGCAGAUGAUCGACUGCUACGUCCAAACCCUAGCCAAGGUCCUCGGGAGUGAGGAAGAGGCAAAGAAGAAGAUCUAUAACGUUUCUUGCGAGAGAUAUUUUGGUUUUGGAUGUGAGAUUGAUGAGGAGACCUCAAAUAAGCUUGAAGGUCUGCCUGGUGUCCUAUUUGUGCUUCCAGAUUCCUAUGUUGAUGCUGAGAACAAGGACUAUGGAGCUGAACUGUUUGUAAAUGGGGAGAUAGUUCAAAGGUCACCAGAGAGACAGAGGAGGGUUGAGCCGGUACCCCAGAGAGCUCAAGAUAGGCCGAGAUACAACGACAGGACCCGAUAUGUGAGGCGCAGAGAAAACCAGCGGUGAUGUGUAUCUGGAGUGUUUUAGCUGACAUGGUGAAUGGGAGACUAUUCUCUAGUGUUCCGAUGGCCGGCGUGAUGGUGUCAAAAGAAGAAAAAAUACUAGAUGUUGCUUUAGCUAGAGCAAUUGGUAUGAUAUUCGUCUAAAGACUAAGUUGGGGUAUAGUAUUCAUCUAAAGACUAAGGAUUGAAUUUGAAACCACUUUCAUCAUCAACCUCAGUCAAUGCAAUAGACAGAUUUUCCAUUC